CGAGCAAGGCAUGGUUGGGUCAUGAAGAGCAAGGUUGGAUUGAGAAUAUAACCCUUCUGCUUUUAUUUUAUAAUUGUUUGUAAACUGUUGUAAACUCUAAACAACAAGUAACAACAAUGAUUUCGAGAUAUAGGAAUUCUGUCUGUAUUUUUGGGAAAUACAUGCAGAAUAAUUUGCCUUUAAUGUUGGGUCCUAUUAAUUACCCAGUUGUUAAUGACCCUUCUCAACAAGUCAGAAAUAUAAAGAAGCAUUUUAAUCCAAAGUAUCGAAAAGAAAGGGCAAUGAAGUUUAUUAAGAUCGAGCUGCCCGAUUUUGAUGAUAGCAACGAGGAGGUGGUGCAGGAGAGAUUUCGAUCACGAUUAAAAAGACAUGGGAUUUUACCUCAGAGAAACUGGCAAGAGAGACCUGUUCUUAUUAGCUCCACACCACAAAUAUUUGAGACUUACGUCGUUCCAGAGGGUGAUGGCAAAUUUUCACCCAUUACUAAAGCAGGUGCGAAACAAAAAGUUGAAUUCAUUGGGAAAAAGAGCAAGUCUUAUUUGGCUAUUAGGAAAAUCAAAUCGUUUGAAGAGGACUUCCAUGUGAAGGCAUUUGCCGAAGAGGCAUUAGAAAUUUAUAAGAAAGCACAUGAAACUUUAGCUGAAAAAGAUGAAGAGAAAUUGUUACAGUAUGUCACGGAGGCAGCGUUUCCUGUCAUGACUCAUAAUAUGGAGCAUAAAACAAUCGUCUGGAAGUUCGUCGAGUCAUUGGAACCAGCGCGUAUCGUCCACGCAAGAGUUACGAACAUCAUAACAAAAGACAAUUUCUUUGCACAGAUCACUGUUCGUUUCCACACACAACAGUAUUUGUGCAUUUACGAUCGAUUCGGACGAGUACUACUAGGGAGUGAGACAGUAAAGAAAGACGUUUUGGAUUAUAUCGUGUUCGAAAAGCACUUGUCUAAUACGUAUGGCACUUGGCGAGUUCACGGUAAGAUCGUGCCAGAUUGGAUGACUCCAGAAGAAAUACCAUCGCUUACUUAUGUAUUACCAGAAGAAAAAGAGCCGGAAUCUCCUACAUCUGUUGAAUCGGUUGCUCAGACAGUAACACCUGAUAGCUUAGAUAAGAAAACUCCCGAAGCAACAACGUAAUAUUUAAUAUAAAUACUUGUGUUAAAAGUUAAGUAAAACGGUUUUAAGUGAG